AUGGCCCUACAAGCCAUAUUUUGGCUUGCCGACUCGGCCUGUGUGCCGGGUGCCCUGGUCCUGGGCGUGGCCAUCGUCAUAUACACAGCAGUGGCCUGGUUUGCAUCGUGGGCCCGCCUCAAGCAUAUCCCUGGGCCGCCUGGUGUCGGUCUCAGCAAGUGGUGGCUGCUGCGUAACAGUCUGCAUGGAUCCCUGUAUCUGGCCAACAUGGACGCAUGCAAGACUUAUGGCAAGUGCAGAGCUGUCGAUGGCCGUGUGCUGGUCACCGAUGACCCGGACGUGCUACGGCAUAUAUGGGCUGUGCGCUCGCCGUACAAGAAGGGUCCGUUCUAUGAGGCGGUCCGGUUCAAUCCCGAGCGGGACAACCUGGUCUCGCUGCGCGAUGACCGGGCACAUGGGACGCUGCGGGCGAAGAUGGCAGCAGGAUACGCGGGGAAGGAGAACGAAAGCCUCGAGUCCUCGAUCGACCGGGAGAUUCUAGCGUUUGUGGACCUCCUUGAGCGCAAGUAUAUCUCGACGAAGACGGAUUUCCGGCCGGUCGAUCUGGCCCACAAGGCUCAAUACCUCACGCUGGAUGUCAUCACAGCGCUUGCAUUUGGGAAGCGGCUGGGAUUUUCGGAGCAGGACCGGGACCUAUACUCGUACAUCAAGAUGACAGAGGAGAACAUGCCAGUGAUGAUGUUGAUGACUAUCUUUCCGCAGCUGGCCCAUUUGAUGCAGUCUCGGCUGUUCCGGUGGAUGAUGCCGUCGGAAAGGGAUCGGGUGGGCUUUGGGGCGUUCAUUGCUGUGGCCAAGGAGAUCGUCAGCGAGAGGCUGGCGUCGGACAAUCCUUACCAAAAGGACAUGCUAGGGUCGUUUCUAGCGCAUGGGCUGACGCGCGAGGAGGCCGAGGGCGAGACGUUGCUGCAGAUCAUAGCAGGCUCAGACACGACAGCGACAGCGAUUCGGUCGACGAUGCUGCAUCUGAUGUCGUCGCCGCGGUCCUACCACCGACUGGCCACAGAAGUGCGUGAAGCAUCGGCUCAGGGCCGGAUCUCAUCGCCCAUCACGUAUGCCGAGGCGCGGGCAAUGCUAUAUCUGCAGGCGGUGAUCCAGGAGGGUCUACGCAUCAACCCGCCGGUGGUGGGUACAAUGGAUGUGGUGGUGCCAGAAGGGGGCGACGUGCUCUGUGGGCUGCGGGUCCCAGCGGGCGCGGAGGUGGGCUGCUCCAUGUUCAGCCUGCAGCGACAGACAGCCAUCUUCGGGGCAGAUGCAGACGUCUUUCGGCCGGAGCGCUGGCUCGAGGCAGACGAGGACGUGCUCAAGGAGAUGGCUAGCACGUGGUCGCUGAUCUUCCGGUAUGGCAAGUGGCGGUGCCUCGGCAAGGACGUUGCACUUCUGGAGCUGAAUAAGGUGUUUGUCGAGCUGUUGCGGAGGUACGACUUUACGCUGGUCAAUCCAGCAAAGCCGUGGGACUCGACCAAUGCGGGCAUCUUCAUCCAGUCGAAUAUGUAUACCAAAGUUACCCGGGUCGAAUCGGUGAAUGUCUGA